AUGAUGAUCCUUGCUGGGAUAAUGUAUACCACAAGGCCAUUCGCAUUGGCUACCCUCCUGCUUGCCUUGCUUCCUCUGACUGAGACGUUUACGCUGAGGUGGAAUGAUUUACGCCUGAUUGAUACAUCAUUCAGAUCCUCACAGCUUUCAAGAUCCAGGUUUUCCUUCCCGCCAUCACUGUCCGUGACAGAAACCUCAGAUGACGAAGGGGAGGAGAUCGAUGAUGCCCUUGAUGCCAUCGAAAACUUUGUUGAUAACAUGGUGGACAGCAUUGAGGCGUCAACGCGUCAAAACCAACCAAUGUCCAAAGGCCAAUGGAAAAGGAAACGAUACUUGUGGCUUAAAGAUGUCCAAAGCCUCGUUCAUAAGAAUGAUCCCAAAGCGGUCCGAAAGGCCGAAGAAAUGAUGAAACGCGUAAAAAAGAAGUAUGCAAAUGGUGAAUGGGAUAGAUACCAAGAGGAUAUGAUUUCCAUGGACCAAAAGUCAUAUAAUUUGUGGAUUCAUGCAUUGGCCAAGUCAAACUACGAAGAUUCAGGACAAAAAGCCGAAGAAGUCUUGCAGCAAAUGCGUGCCGACAACAUUCCACCCAAUGCAUUCACUUAUACUUCUAUUAUGGAUGCUUACGCCAAGAACCACGCACCCGAACGAGCGGAAGAGCUCAUGCUUCAAUGGUUGGUGGAAGUGGAAGAAGGAGAGGGUGGAGAUGUUCCACAACAGAGGGCGUCGGAAGUCACCUGCGACACGCUGCUGAAUGCGUGGGCGAAACAGGGGACUUUGGAAAGUGCGGAACGUGCCCAGCUAAUCUUGUAUCGAAUGGAGGAAUUUCAGAGCGAUUCCCUGCACCCAACGACCAUCUCCUACACUACAGUCAUGAAUGCGUGGGCAAGAGUGGGCAGCACAGAGGGAGCUGAGAAAGCAGAAGCACUCUUGCGAAAAAUGCUGAAGGGAGGCACCAGCGACAAGAAGUCUAGGGCAGUGGCGCCAGAUACUGUUGCUUUCAAUGCCGCAAUGGACGCAUGGGCCAAAUCUGGCAAUCCUGACGCUGGAAUAAAGGCAGCCGACAUUCUAAAAACCAUGAAAGAUGCUGCAAAUGAAAAACGGGACGGGCCAAAGCUAGGUUGCCACCCCGAUAUCAUCACCUACAACAUCGUCCUUUCUGCUUGGAGCCACUCUGGGAGGGCUGAUGCGGCCCCUCAAACAGAGAGACUAGUUCAACAAAUGGAGAAGGCUGUAAAAUCUGAAGAUUAUGACGCAUCAAUAACCCCAAAACCAAAUACAAUCAGUUAUAACACGAUCCUACAUGCUUGGUCAAAGAGCGAUAUGGACAUAGCUCUGGGCAGAGCGGAAAAAGUUCUUAAUUACAUGCUGAAGUCAGGCAGAAGUGAGAUCACCCCUGAUGCUAUCAGUUUUUCGUGUGUGAUGGAUGCCUGGGCGAAAUCGAAAGAGCCACACAAAGCUGCCAAAAUUCGAAAGAUGCUGGAUCAGAUGCUACACACCUACAAGGCAACAGGACGGCCGAACUUGAAACCGUCUGACAUCCCUUUCAACACAGUGCUCAACGCAUGUGCAUUUUCUUCUCUCGGAACUUCCGAGGAAGAGCGUCGAGAGGCCAUCAAAAUUGCAGUGGCCACAUAUAAGCAAAUGCGACAAGAAGGAGUUGACGCAACUACUGUGACCUAUGGAAAUAUGAUCAAAUGUAUCGCAAAUCUGAUGCCCCAAGGAGACGCUCGAACUCGAAUGGCACUCCAGGUGUUCGAUAGAUGCUGCGAGGAUGGAUUGGUUGGAAAUUUAGUCUGGAAUGAGAUUCGCAGAGCUGUUCCAGGACAGGUAUUAGACAAGAAAUACCAUCUCAAGAAAAGAUGCGGCAAUAUGGAACUGAGAGAUCUGCCCAAGAGAUGGAAACAAAAGAAUCGAUUUGAUAAGAAUGCACCAACUUCAAAGAGACUAGAAAAGCCAGAAAAGCCUAAGCGCACACCUCGUUCGGUGUCAAUCAUCGAGACAGCUGGGCAAUCAGGGAGAGACGUGUAG